AUGGCAAGCGUUUACGGAGCAUGCUCAUUUCCACACGGCCCAACCUCUGUUUGUGGUCUCAUGGUAGCCUCUUUGGCCGCCAUGGCAGCUUCCAUGUGGGGAAUCAGUUCGUGUCGAAUGGCUUUUGUGGAAUAUACCAAUGAUCGAGGUGACUUUUCCGAUUUUUAUUUGGAUCCCACCUCGGAUGGGGAAGGGGUUCCCAUGCGUACUGGAAUCGGACUCUUUCAAUGGUUGGAGCCCUUUGAUGACAAUGAUUGGUCACAAGGGCAAUGUCGGGGGUACACAACUCUUCAAUUAGAGUUCUUUGGGGACAAUGCCUUGGAAGUUGCCAGAGGCUGUGGUGUGUUGGCGGUGAUUGGAGCUGUGGCCAUGUCCUUUUGGAUUUUAUUUCUCAAUUGCGUGGCCAUGGGUCAAAUGCAAAUCCGAGUACUACAACUCUGUCUGGUUUGCUUGACGAUUAAUAUCGGCGGAACCUUUUCCAUUUUCUUUUCACCUCUGUGCCAAGAUUUGGUGUCCUAUCAAGAUGAAAGCUACGAGACCAAGUGUACCCUGGAUCAAGGAGGUCUGGUGGUCGUUUCCGCAGCUCUACUUUGGGCGGUUGCUCUUUUGAUCAGUUGUAUAUACAUCAAGGCUCCUGAAAAGGAUAUUCAAAUCUUGGCGGAUGGAAAAGAAAUCAAUGCCUUUGAGCAUCGACAAGAGCGACGGCGACAGGCCCGACUGCAAAAGGCGCAAGAGCAAAAACUCAAGCAACUCCUGGCGGAACAGAAAGCCCAACAAGACAUGAUUCGACAAAAACAUGGCGUCGGAGGUGGUAGCCAGUACAGAGGUGGUGGUGGAAGAGGAGACGGCGGUAGUAGUUAUGCCUCGAAUCGAGGUGGUGCCAUGUCCGUCUAG